AUGCUGCUUGCUGCGUCUCGCGCCGUGUCCCGCGCUGCCAUACGCUGCGCGCGUAACUCCCGACCUCUCCGGGUCCGUGCUACCGCCAUGGCCCAGCCAUCGCCGCGGGCCGCCUCGAGCCCCCUGUCCCGGCCAGCCACGGUGCUGGGCACCAUGGAGAUGGGGCGUCGCAUGGAUCCGUCCGCCAGCGCCGCGGCCGUGCGCGCCUUCCAGGAGCGAGGCCACACCGAGUUGGACACGGCCUAUAUGUACUCUGACGGCCAGAGUGAGAGCAUCCUGGGCGGUAUGGGGCUCGGGCUGGGCGGCGGCGACUGCAAAGUGAAAAUUGCCACCAAAGCCAACCCUUGGGAUGGGAAGUCACUGAAGCCUGAUAGUGUCCGGUCCCAGCUGGAAACGUCACUGAAGCGGCUGCAGUGUCCAAAGGUGGACCUCUUCUACUUACAUGCACCCGACCACAGCACCCCCAUAGAGGAGACACUGCAGGCCUGCCACCAGCUGCACCAGGAGGGCAAGUUUGUGGAGCUUGGUCUCUCCAACUAUGCUUCCUGGGAGGUGGCUGAGAUCUGGACCCUCUGCAAGAGCCAUGGCUGGAUCCUGCCAACAGUGUAUCAGGGCAUGUACAAUGCCACCACUCGGCAAGUGGAAACAGAACUCUUCCCCUGCCUCAGGCACUUUGGAUUGAGGUUCUACGCCUACAACCCUUUGGCUGGGGGUCUUCUGACUGGCAAGUACAAGUAUGAAGACAAAGAUGGAAAACAGCCCACGGGCCGCUUCUUUGGGAAUAGCUGGGCAGAGACCUACAGAAAUCGCUUCUGGAAGGAGCACCACUUCAAAGCCAUUGCCCUGGUGGAGAAGGCCCUGCAGGCUGCUUAUGGCCCCAGUGCCCCCAGCAUGACCUCAGCUGCCCUGCGGUGGAUGUACCACCACUCCCAGCUCCAGGGUGCUCAUGGGGAUGCAGUCAUCCUGGGCAUGUCCAGCCUGGAGCAGCUGGAGCAGAACUUGGCAGCAACAGAGGAAGGGCCCCUGGAACCUGCUGUCGUAGACGCCUUUAACCAAGCCUGGCAUCUGGUUGCCCAUGAAUGUCCCAACUACUUCCGCUAGGCCCCAGUGUGGCUUAGGCUGGCAAAAG